AUGGCUCCUCCACCCCAUCAAAAACCCGAAAAUGUGCUGAAGCGCGCCAACGAACUCAUCGGGGUUAACCAGGCCCCCGCGGCCUUGGUCCUGCUCCAUGAGCACAUCAACUCGAAGCGAUCCCGAAAUGUCCCCAUCGCCUCCCUGGAACCUGUGAUGCUCCUCCUCGUCGAACUUUCCGUCGAGCAAAAGAAGGGAAAACUCGCCAAGGAUGCCCUGUACCAGUACAAGAACAUCAGCCAGAACACCAACGUUGGCACGAUUGAGCUCGUACUGAAGAAAUUCAUCCAACUCGCCGUCGACAAAGUCACAGCAGCUCAGCAAAAGGCCGAUGAGGUCCAGUCGAGCCUCGAAGCCACCGCUGCUGGCGAGUCCAACAUCGAGGACUUGGAGGCCAGCGAAACACCCGAGUCCAUCCUCCUGGCCACCGUCUCCGGCGAGCAAUCUCGUGAUCGAACCGAUCGAGCUAUUGUCACCCCCUGGUUAAAGUUCCUUUGGGAGGCCUACCGCACUGUUUUGGAUAUUCUGCGAAACAAUGCCCGCCUUGAGCUUCUUUACCAGAGCACCGCUCUGCAAGCCUUCGAUUUCUGCCUUAAGUAUACCAGGAAGACCGAGUUCCGGAGGCUUUGCGAGCUGUUGAGGAAUCACGUCCAAACCGCCGCCAAGUACUCGUCCCAAAUGCAUGCCAUCAACUUGAGCGACCCCGACACUCUCCAGCGCCACCUCGAGACCAGGUUCCAACAGCUCAACGUUGCCGUUGAGCUCGAGCUCUGGCAGGAGGCCUUCCGCAGCGUUGAGGAUAUCCACACCCUCCUCAGCCUUAGCAAGCGACCCCCCAAGAACAUCAUGAUGGCCAACUAUUACGAGAAGCUUACCCGUAUCUUCCUCGUUGGCGAGAACUAUCUUUUCCAUGCCGCCGCUUGGUCUAGGUACUAUAGCCUCCUUCGCCAGUCCGCUCUUCUCCUUGCCACUGGUCAGGGCCGCAAGGCCGACAAUCCUCCCGCUGCCGAGGCGGAUAUCCAGCGCGCUGCUUCGUUCGUCCUCCUCUCCGCCCUCGCUAUUCCUGUGAUUAGCACCACGAGGUCCCGCGGUGCCAUGGUUGAUUUCGACGAGGCCAGGAAGAACAAGAACUCCCGCCUCACCCACCUUCUUGGCAUGUCCCAAGCUCCCACUCGUGCCGGCCUCUUCCGCGAUGCGUUGGCCAAGUCUCUGCUCAAGAGGGCCCGACCUGAAAUCCGCGAUCUUUACAACAUCCUUGAAGUCGACUUCCACCCUCUUUCAAUUUGCCAGAAAAUCUCCCCUAUUCUGACCAAGAUUGGCGCUGAUACUGAGAUGGAGAAGUAUAUCCUGCCUCUGCAGCAGGUUAUCCUCACGCGCCUGUUCCAACAACUCUCCCAGGUGUAUGAGACUGUCGACUUGGCGUUCGUUGAGAACCUGGCCAAGUUCCCUGAGCCCUAUCAAGUCACUCGCGCCACUGUUGAGAAGUUCAUCAUGAACGGAAACAAGAAGGGCGAUUUGUCCAUUCGCAUGGACCAUGCUACCGGUGUCCUCAGCUUCGAUAACGAUGUCUUCUCAUCGUCCAAGGCCGGAUCGGGAGCCGGAUCUGCCGAAUCCGAGACCGGCUCGAUCCAGAGACUCCAGAGCACUCCCUCCGAGAUCGUUCGAUCUCAGCUCACCCGCCUCGCCAAGUCCCUCUACACUACCUGCUUCUACAUUGAUCCGAGCUUCAGUAAGAGCCGUGCCGAAGCCCGCCAGGCAGCCCUUGCGCGCGCCCGUGCCGGAGCGGAAGAGGAGCACAAUGCCAUCCUUCAGCGAAAGGAGGUCAUCGAGCGACGAAAGGAGGCCGCCUCCGAGGCUCAGGCCCGAAAAGAGCGUGAGCUUGCCCAAAGGAAGCGAGAGCAAGAGCAGGCUCUCCAGGAGGCCGAAGAUCGUCGCCUCGCUGCGGAGCAGAAGGAGCGAGAGGAGCGCAGGCUCAAGGCUGAGCGGGAUCGCGUUCGCAAGGAGGAACUCAAGAAGCAGAUCGCUGAUCUCAAGAUCGGACCUAACGCCAUUGACAUUGAUAUGGACAAUCUGGAGAACCUUGAUAGCAGUGAGCUUCGGAGGAUGAAGCUCGCGCAGCUCGAGAGGGAGAAGAAUGAUAUCAACGAGAAGCUCCGAAUCACCGGAAAGCGUAUCGACCAUCUUGAGCGAGCAUUCAGGAAGGAGGAGAGCAAGAAGUUGCCCGCGGAUUAUGAGAAGCAGACGGAGCAGGACAAGGCCACGUACGAUGUUGUCAAGGCCCAGACUCUCAAGGAUGCGGAGGAGAAGCACAAGGCUGCCGUCGAACUGAAGGGCAGGCUUAGCAGGCUGGUGCCGUUCUUCACGGAGUUCCGCAGCGAUCUCCACGAGCGCCGCCGCGACGAAUUCGAGUCCCGCCGCCGUGAUGCGGAGAGGGAGCUUGAUAGGCAGAUUACUGCUCGCAAGAGGGAGUUCAAGGAGCGCAAGCUCCGAGAGAAGCGUGAGCGUGAGGAGAAGGAGAGGCAGAUCCGCGAGGCCGAGGAGGCGGCCGCUCGCGAGCGCGAAGAGAAGCAGAGGCUGGAGGAGGCCAAGCGCGAAGAGCUUGCUCGACUUCGGGAGCAGAGGGCUCGGGAGUCGGAGGAGGCCCGCGAGAAGGCUGCUCUUCAACUCAGGCGCGAGGAGGAGGCUCUUGCCCGACGCAGGGAAGAGAAGGAGAGGGCCAGGGUCCAGGCGGAGCGACCCGAACCUUUUGCCGCCGCCAGCAGUGCUGGCCGCCCACCCCUCAAGCUUCCCGGUGCUGGAAAGUGGAGGGAGCGCGAGGCCGCCAAGGCCAGCGAGGGAGCUGCCGCACCCUCCCGUGCAGCUCCUCCCAUGGAGCGAACGGAUUCCCGGGAGCGCGUUGGUGCCGCCCCACGCCUCAACCUUGCGGGUAGCGGUAAUAAGCCCAGCUGGCGUGAUAGGCAGCGUGAGAGGGAGGCCGGUGGCCGAGACGACAGCAGCAGCCGUGCUGGACCCCGUGUGCCCUCUGGCGCCGGCGGUUACCGCAUGGACCGUACCGAUUCGGGCAGGGGCGCCAACGGACGAAACGAAUCGCCCGCUGCCCCCGCUGGUGAGCCCAUCCGGCCCUCCGGCGCGCCCGGCAAGUGGGUGCCUCCUCACAAGAGGACUUGA